CCCGCCCCGCCGGGCCGCCCGGACUCCUCCUCAUGGGCGCCUACCUCGCCAAGCCGGGGCCGCCCCCCGCCAGGAAAAGGGCCUGCGGGGACCACCUGGCUUCCCAGAAUCGGCUGGCGCUGUCUCCUCGCCGGCGGUACCCUAUCCAGCAGGCCCAUUAUGCCUCCCUGGGGGCUCUCCCCACCGUGUGCUGGGAUGGUUAUCAGAGGAAGAACGUGCUCUCCUCCCGCAACUCCAACAUGGUCUGCAGCCCCGUCACCGUCAAGAUCGCCCGGCCGGACCACGGCCUGACCCGCUCUCCAGGCCUGGAGCAGAGCAUUUCCUCGAUGAUGUCUUUGCCGUCCGAGAGCCCUCCGGACCCGUGCGCGAAAGAGACGGUGCUCAGCGCCCUCAAAGAGAGCCGGAAAAGAACUGUGCAGGAGGAGGAGGAUGACGACGAGGAGGAGGGCGACCACCGGAUCGUCUCCGAGGGGUUGGAGAGUAAGCGACGGCGCCACGACAGCAGUGGGAGCGGACAGUCGGCGUUUGAGCCCCUGGUGGCAAACGGGGCCCCGGCUUCACUGGUGCCCAAGCCCGGCUCCCUGAAGAGGAGCCUCAAUGCUCACUGCCCGGACGACAGCUGGAGCAAGCGAUCCCGCAGCUCGUCCGUCAGUUCUCUGAGCCACACGUACUCCGGCGGCAUCCCCAGUUCCAGCCGUAAUGCCAUCGCCAGCUCCUACAGCUCCUCCCGGGGCUUCUCCCAGCUGUGGAAAAGAAGCGGUCCCAGCAGUUCGCCACUCUCCAGCCCAGCUUCAUCCCGCUCCCAGACGCCUGAGAGGCCCGUGAAGAAAGCCAGGGAAGAGGAGCCGCAGCCGUCCGGGUCCUCGGCCGCCCUGAUGUCCGACAAGGAGCUCUCGGCCAACACGUCCCUGGACACCCCCACGAGUAAGAAACAGAAUUCCUGGAGUUCCCCGACAGCUUCCAGCGGCAGCGGAAAGCGCAAACGGAAGAUCCCGCUGCUGGCUUCCCGGCGAGGGGAGCAGCUGGUCUUGCCCCCGCCUCCCCAGCUGGGCUAUUCCGUCUCGGCCGAAGACCUGGACUUGGAGAAGAAGGCGGCGUUGCAGUGGUUCAACAGAGUCUUGGAGGAUAAGUCAGAUUCCACCCCCAAGUCGGUCCCAGAGGUCCCUCCCGCCAGUCUGCCGUCUUCUCUCUCCUUCACCCUGACGCCCGCCGGCCCCACGCUCUCACCGGCCGUCACCCCCAAACCGGAUCCCGCCGCCUCCACCAACCCGCUGCUGGAGAGUCUGAAGAAGAUGCAGAACACCCCGAGCCCACCCAUCGUCACAGAAGCUCCGGCCGCCACCGCCACCCCCAGCGCCCCGGCAGCGUCCCCGGCGCCGGCCCCGCUGAAGCCCCCAGACCAGCCGCCGGCCCAGGCGCCCUCGGAGCCGGGGCCCCUCCCCUCCACCUCCUCUGACUCGAAGCCUCCCCCUACCUUCCUCCUGGACACUCCCGCCGCACCCCUUGUCGGCCCCCUCAGCAAGCCGACCCCCGCCCCUCUGCCCGAAACCCCGGUCAAGCUCGCUGCCUCUCUCAAGCCCAGCAUCCUCUUCGGGAUGCUGAGCGCCCCGGCUGCGGCUCCCGCUGCCGCCGCGCCCGUCACCGCUGCCGCCGCGCCCGUCACCGCUGCCGCCGCUCCCGUCACCGCUGCCGCUGCCGCCCCUGCUGCUGCAGCUCCCGCCCAGGUCGCGGCCCCGGCCGCCGCCCCAGUCACCCCCACCCCUGUAUUCAAGCCCAUUUUUGGAGCCCCUCCCAAAAGCGAGAGCGGGACCCCGUUGGCCGCCGGCUCCUCCGCCCUGGCGCCUGCUGGCGCGGCCCCCGCCCCCUCCACCCCCACUUUCAAGCCCAUCUUUGGGGACGUGGGGCCCCCCGCCGCUGGGCCCUUGGCGGGAGUGGCGUCCCCCUUUGCCUUCAAGCAGACGCCCCCGCCGGCCCCGGCCCCCGCCCCCGCGGUGACCAGCGCGGCCCAGCUCUUCGCCGGUCUCCCCAACUCCACCUCCAGCGGCGCGGCUCCCACCACCGCCCCGAGCACCAACCCGGACUCGGCCGCCAAGUCGGCCUUCAGCUUCAGCCUGACCAACUCCGCCGCCACCGCCGCGGCUCAGCCUUUCCUGUUCGGGGGGACCCCCGCCGCCGGCUCCAUGUUCCAGUUCGGCAAGCCCCCCGCCACCACGGCUCCCACCCCGGCCUUCAGCCAGGCCCCCCCGAGCACGGCUCAGGCGGCUCCCGGCGGGCCCGCUGGCUUCGGGGGCUUCGGGGGUCCCCUGACGGCCGCCACCACGGCGGCACCCGCCGCCACCACCAGCCAGGGGACGUUGACGUUCGGUUCCGUCCCCUCCGCGGCCGCCACCGCCACUGCGUUCGGAGCCGCCUUCGGCGCCAAGCCCCCUCCGCCGCCCUACCCGGGCCCGGCCCCCCAGGCCGCCUUCGGGGCCGCCUCCGACGGGCAGAAGCCGGCCCCGGCGCUGAGCUUCAGCGCCACCUUCCCCUUCGGGGGCGCGAUGGCCCCCGCCGCCGCCCAGCCGGCCUUCGGGGCCUCCGCCCAGCCGGCCUUCAGCGGGACCGGCUCCGCCCCUGGCGCCCAGCCGGCCUUCGGGGGCACCCCGGGGGUCUUCUCCUUCGGCACGGCCGCCUCCACCGCCGGCUUCGGGACCGGGACGGCGACCACCACCACCAGCAGCGGAGGGACGGCCGGCGGUUCUCUGUUCGGCGGGGCGACCGGGAGCCCGUUCUCGUUCGGGGUCCCGGUGGCCGCGGGCGGAGGGGGAGGCGGCGGCUUCGGGAUGGGCGCUCCCGCCCCCGGGGCCGGCUCCGCCCCGGCGGCGUUCAGCUUCGGCGGCGGGCCGAGCGCCACGGCCGGCCGGGCGCCCCCCUUCGGGGGCACCGUGAGCCAGAACGCGCUGGGCGGCCCAUCCGGGCCCGGCGCCCCCUUCGCCUUCAACGUGCCUGCAGCGGCCGAGAGCAAACCUGUCUUUGGAGGUACCUCCGCUCCCGCCUUCGGUCAGAGCGCGCCAACCCCCGGAGCUGGCACCGCGGGCAGCACCCUGACCUUCGGGACCCCCGCCACCCCGACCCAAGGCUUCGUGGGAACCGGACCUACCUUCGGCUCGGCGACCCCGUCCUUCUCCAUCGGAGCCAGUUCCAAGACGACGGGAGCCCGGCAGCGGCUGCAGGCCCGCAGACAACACACCCGCAAGAAGUAGAGCCCGGCCUUCUCGUGGUCGUCGAGGCGGCCCCCGCCAGCCUAAGGCGGGGGCAGGCGGUGGUCCGGGUAGGAGGGACACAGACCCUUUAUACUUGAACUGACGGCGCAGACUGGACUGGAAAGACUCGUGUACAUACGGGGCAGCGGCCCGUCCUCCCUCCCCACCCCCUCCCUCCACCCUGUGCGUGAGCCUGGCUUGGCCACGGCCGCCCCCUCGUUUGAGCGGGCUGCGUGUGGCUUCCCCACCCCCAAGCUUCUAACACCUACCUCGUGGAGCUCCGGCGGGCCGCCGGCCCCCACCUCCCUCCGAGCCGGUCCCCGCGGCCCCCUUCCCUUCCCUCGCUGCCCGUCGGCACCGUCUCGUCGGGGGCCUUAGGAGCGCCCCGACGAGAGGGGGCAGGAGCCGGUUCGGCCCCUGCUCGGCCUCUCUCCUCCCUCCCGCGUGGGCCUCUAACAGGACAGGAGGGGGGUGGCUCCUGCCUGGCUGAGGGGGAGUUUGAGGCGGACGGGCCUGGGAGAGGAGGGUUCGGACCUCAAGGGCUCCUGGCCCCGGGACCAGGCCUGCCUCCCCCUCCCUCUACCUCACCUAUGUGCUCUCCUGCCCCGACACCCACCCCCCCCAUCACCCCUGCCCACCGACCCAGCCGCCAGGCCGCCCUCCCCACCCCCUGUGGGAGAAGCCAGCGUGUGUGUUGGGUGACCUGCCUAAUUCCAAAUUUACAAACAGGAAGAAAAUAUUUAAACAUUUUUUAACAAAAUAAAUUUAUUUUUGUAUUUAA